AGGACAUCGAAAUGUUUGUACCAAAGCAGCAACGCCAAGACCUCCCUGUCAUUGAGGGUGCCAGAUAUCUUAGUGAAGGGAUGAAGAACAAACUAGGAUUAAAGAAAGAAGAGUAGCAGGCCAGUUAUUCCUGUAGCAGAAAGAUGUCGGGUGUGGUGUUAGAAGGAGAGCGUGUGAAGGGAGUGUUUUGUCAUAGUGUGGGUCACCCAUCUUGCUUGUCCAUGCUGGCUAGCUAUCGGAAGCUGCUGCUUUCUGCCUAUGGACCAAAGGGUAGCUCUGUUUUAAUUAGCAAUGCUGUAGGUAGGGAAGCAUUGGUAUCAUCUUCAUCAGAAAUUGUUAAAGAACUGUCUUUUGCUCAUCCUACCACAAAAUAUAUCAAUGCACUAAUCAGUGCUCAGAAUUCCUCUUGUGGCCUUAAUGGUUUGUAUACUGGCCUUCUUUGUGUUGGACUGCUGGAGGAAGCUUUGAAGUGUGAGGAGGAGAUGCCACACCCAAUUGUCAGUUGUGUUUCAGAGUGGAUAAUUUCCCAGUUGGUGGAACAGCUGGACAAAUUCCCACCACAGGUGGUGAUGGAACUGGACAUUGGGGAAAUGGAUCAAGUGGUGUCUUUUGUGAAAACAAUAAUAGGUGCCAAAAGUUGUCUGGGCCUCACCAAGUCUGAAGCCAAUGAUCUUAGCAUCAUUAUAGUUCGUGCAUUCCUCAAGAGCAUCCCUGGAGAAUACAUACAUAAUGGUUUUGGACAUGUUUCCAUUACUGCUCAGGAAGAGGGACCGUCCUCCCCAGGAGCCAUCUUUGAGGGUAUGCUGUAUCGGAAUCCUGAUGUCUCUCUAAACAGAGUAGAGGAGAUUGGAGCACUGGGUGAGAUCAGGGUGUUGCUCUUCACAGUGGCACUGUCUUAUACAGAAGAGACAACUUCUGUUGCCUGGGGAGGGCCAGGGACCAAGGAGGACAACUUUGGAUCCUUAGUCCUGGCCAGUCUCAUGUCUAUACUAAAGAAGAGAAACAUCAGCAUCAUAGCCAACCAGAAAUCUGUGCAUCCAGUGCUCAAGUUUGAAUUGGAGCGUGUUGGCUGCCUGGUGCUGGAAAGGCUUGGCACCAGUGCAGCUGAAUCACUAAUAAGAAUUAGUGGAUGCAGGGGUGUCAGCAACCUCAACAACUUACCGGGUGAACUGAGUGAUGCUGUGCUGGGAACACUGACCUCAGCACAGAAUGUGGUCUUUAACAACAAGAACUACAUUCUGUUGGACAACAGUGAGGGAUGUGUGUCAACUCUCUUGUUACCCACUACCAGUCCAAGUAUUCUACCAACACUUAAGGAGACUACUGAGAGCUGCUUAGCUGCUUUACGGAUGGCUGUGGUGGAUGGGCGUGUGGUGUGUGGUGGAGGCUGCCUGGAGGCCUGGGCUGCCACCACUGUUACUCAUCUCAUUACCACCAAUGCUCAGCUCCUCACUCAACUUGCUGGUGCUUCUCCUUACCACAUCUUUAAGGUUGGAAAUAUUUUUGUCCGCACCUUGAUGGAGUUGGCUCUGUACCUUAGUGGGGGAUCUUCAAAUAGAUUUGAUUGGUCAGUGGAUACAGUGUUUCACCACUUGUGGCACACUCCACCGCAUUUGCUGAAAGAUGUUACUGGAUCCAGCACCGCCUUGCCAGCCAGUCCUCCACAGCAUUGUGUGUGUGGCUUGGUGACACAAGAAGCUGUCCAAUUCAAAUACAAUGGUUGGUGGAAACCUGUAGAGUUUCAGCUCUCAGAUCAUCUCCCAACCUUUCCCUCUCAGCAAAAGAGGGAGAAUGAUCAAAAGUCAGGUAAGUGCAAAUCAAGUCUUGAGGUGUCCUGUAGUAAGGAAAGCGAGAGUGAGCCUGGAUCCUUGGGUCAGUGUACAGAGGACAGCUUGGAAGGUUGUGGAAACACAAGUGAUGAGGAUGUAGACAGCCUGGAGAAGACACCUCAUAGCUUGGAAGAAGAAAUAGACAGUCUUGAGGGAAAGUUAGAAAGUUUUGAUAUUGAGGAAUAUGACAGCUUAGAAGACAUUUUAGAUAGAUAUGCCAAACCACAAGAUGAUGGUGAGGAAUGCAAAGUGCCUGAAGCCAAGAUUGAAGAGCAUGUACCUGGAGCACUGUAUGACAGCUUUGCUGCAAAGUUCAAUGCUACAAGACUGGCUCUUGAGGGUUUCACGCAGCUGCUACAUAUUGGCCAAUGCAUAUUUGAUAAGUGAAAUUUAGAACUUGCACUUCAUCAUCAUCAUUAUAGUUUUGAAAGGCAUGUUCAAUUUUGAUGCAGGUCAUCCUUACUCAUUUGAUAAAUUAUGAUGAAACUUCAUAAGAAGUGAAACAUUGUAAUGCUUUUAAGCCUUUAGUCUGAUACCAUAUGGCUUCUAGGUUGUGAAUGCUACACAUUAAUAUGUGAAAUUUUUUAUAGUUUGAUGCUCAAUUGCAUUUUAAUGGCUAAUUCUAAUACAAAUCAAUCCCCAGGUAAUUAGAAUCCAGGUAUUAGAAUGUGUUAAAAAAUUAGUUAGAAAUUUUAUAAUAAUAAAUUCUAAAAGGGUAACAACAAAUUUUUUAUGCAGUGUAUAGAAUAUAUGAAAGUCUACCUCAGUUAAAAAUCAUUUAAUGAAAUUAUGUAAUUGGAAAACCUGCAAAUUUAAGUGUGUGCUGGUGUAUACAAAUGUACAUAAGUUAUAUAUGUAGGUUUUCUAUAAAUGUGAAACUACA